GUGUGUUUAAAUAAUACGUAGUUAGAAUUUUUUUUUUUUUUUUUUUUUUCUUUCAAUAUUUUAAUUUGCUUAAAACGAAUUUUUAAAAAAAAAAUAGUAUGAAGAAUUAUGGAUCAUCUUUGAAAAGUCUGAAAUAUGACGACCAAUUUAUUACUGGAUACGCCUGCUUACUUCAAAUGGACUGAUUGAAUGGUUAAGCUUGUCCGAACGUAUAUGUAGUAUUAGUAUAGUAUUUCACCAUUUAUUUUCAGUGGAACCUGUGACUGUGAUUUCGGUUAGGAAACAAAGGAUGUACGUAAAUAUGUCUCCUUACAACUAAAAUCUAAGUUAACCUACGAAGUGAGCUGUUAUUGUACGUGAUGGUUAAGUGACUAUUGUAGCAUUCUUAAUUUUAAGCGACAGUCUGUUACAGACAUAUAUUUUUUAUACUUAAAUUUAAUACCGUUCGAUGAGUACGGGAUCUGUUUGAUGUCGGGUAAAUACUUCAGGUGAUAUUAUUAUUACAUUCUGUUUUAGGGGUUCAUGCUAACAUUCUUUUAUAGACCCGGCCAAACACUUUACAGGUGUGCCGUCCACCAAUUUACCGUCGACGAAAUUUCUUUCGAUCAAAUUUCCUGAUACGAACAAAAAUAGAUUAUGCUUCAAACUUACAAACUUUCAAACCCCAAGGAUGUGGGAGUGGAAGAAAAACACUGGAGAGAUCGCCGUGAAAUCAUGACCCACUUCGGGCGUCCAAACUUAAGCUACGCCACUGAUGUUAGGAAAACUGCAAUGGACGCCAUGUUCUUGUGGCACACUGUUCUUUUAGCGACCUGUUCUCGUGGCACACUGUUCUUGUGGCACAUGGUUCUUGUGGCACCCUUUUCUUGUGGCACACUGUUCUUGUAGCAACCUGUUAUUGUGACACUCGGUUCUCGUGGUCCUCUUUCUCGUUGAACUCCGUUCUGAUGACCCUCUGUUCUGAUGGCCCUCUAUGUGGUGGCCCCCUUCUGGUGGUACUCUGUUCUGAUGGCCCUCUAUGUGGUGGCCCCCUUCUGGUGGUACUCUGUUCUAGUGGUACUCUGUUCUGAUGGCCCUCUGUUCUGAUGGCCCUCUAUGUGGUUGCCCCCUUCUCGUGGUACUCUGUUCUGAUGGCCCUCUGUUCUGAUGGCGCUCUAUGUGGUGGCCCCCUUCUGGCGGCCCCCUUCUGAUGGCCCUCUGUUCUGAUGGCCCUCUUUGUGGUGGCCCCCUUUUAUGGAGUGAACGCCGCUAAAUCACGACCCGCUACAAGCGUCACAAAGCGUUAGAUGCGUUCUCCCACUAGAUUGUGGGCUUAGUCUCCACCCCAUUCUUUUGGCACCCUAUUCGUAUGGCACCAUCUUUUUUGGCACCCAAUUCUUGUGACUCUUUGUUCUAGUGGAAAUUUGACUGGUGGUAUAUCGCACUUAUAUUUAAUUUAGAUAUAUUAUGAAAACAACUCGGGCAAGCGCUGUCAAUUUAAUAAUUUUUACAUGUGGUGUCAGCCUUGUGAGGGUGUCAGCCUUGUGAGGGUGUCAGCCUUGUGAGGGUGUCAGCCUUGUGAGGGUGUCAGCCUUGUGAGGGUGUCAGCCUUGUGAGGGUGUCAGCCUUGUGAGGGUGUCAGCCUUGUGAGGGUGUCAGCCUUGUGAGGGUGUCAGCCUUGUGAGGGUGUCAGCCUUGUGAGGGUGUCAGCCUUGUGAGGGUGUCAGCCUUGUGAGGGUUUCACCUGGAUCUGCCUUUAAGCUUAUAAAAAUAAAACUGUUCUUUUUUUCAGAUUCUGCAGUGCAGUUGUUUAGGCAGGGUCACAAAAAAAAAAACAAAAAAAACAGCGUUAUUUGAGUUUAUUCGUGACCAGUGCAGCAAAUGUCAGUGACAUCAUCCUUUUUUUAAAAGGAUUUCAAGCAUCUACUGUCUAAAGACAUGUGAAAAUAUUCAUCUGGCCUUUCAUUUGUUUACCUCAUAAUGGUGGAACAUGUUGAUGUUUUAAUGUAACUUUGAAAAAUAAACCAUGAGAUUUAUUUAUUUUUUUUAAAGUAAAUAUGAAUGCAAAAUUUUGAAAAAACAAAAAAGUUUGAUUUGAAAAGAAAUAGGAGAAACAGCUACAAUGACGUCACCGAUUGACCAGUCUGUACCAGGGACCUCAAUUCACUACAAUGAUCAAAUUCUCCAUAGUACGCUAACUCACCAAAAUUCAGCAGACAUUUUCAAACUCGUGAAGGCUCUUUCUCAGUUCCGGCCUAGAUUGUUCUCCCAAAAAGCUCUGGAUAUAGGUUUGAUCACUGCUUGUAAAAUAAGGAAUCCAUUGAUUGUCCAGGGUUUGCUCCACAAUGGGGCAAACCUGGAAACCAGAGAUGAAAGGGGAAUGACUCCGUUACUGCUGUGUGCUGAAUUAUCUAUGAGCGAAUUGGCCAAGAUUCUGCUGCAGAGAGGUGCCAAUGUUAAUGCCAUCAGUUUUUAUGGUGAGACACCUUUGAUUGUGUCCACUUAUCUACCUGGAUCAGCAGCCAUGGCGAAACUCCUGUUGGAACAUCCACAAGUCGAUCUAAGACACCAAAAUAAUAAUGGUUAUUCAGCACUCAUGAGUGCUAUAGAAGCACACAAUAUUUCUGUCGUGAAGCUUUUGAUAAACGCUGAUACUCUCGGUACAACUGAUGAUCUCCAAGAGCCUCAAGUUAAUAACGACGGAGAAACCGUGGAAGAGAUAGCUCAACGUGUUGGAGUAGCAGAUCUUUUAAAACUCAUCAGGGACGAAAAGCGUACUGGUGUGAGGUCACUCCACCAAGCCUUGUUGAACAGAGAUAUUAAGUCAGUACAGAUUUUAACAAACUGCAAUGAUGGUGUACAAGACAAUAAGCUUACUUAAGAUGAUGUGACUAUGUGGUAGACCUCUUUUUUUAAAAAAACUCAAUGACGUAGACAUGUGUUCUUUCGUGUGUAUUUGUGUCUUAUUAAUCAUUAUCAAGCGCAGGCGGCGAAGCAGCAAAUGAGAGCGCAACACGGUGCGAAUUGAGAGCGAGGUGGACAAGAAAGUUCCACUGGGCUAUUAUUAAUAUAGAUUAUUUGAUUACAUAGUAACAAUUUUAAUAAACCAGUUUAUUUUUCCUGUUUGUCACCAUACAUUACAUUUGAUACAACAUCCCUUUCAACUACUACUCCAAAAAUCAUAGAAAAGUACAUUUAUAAUAUUGUACCAAAGUAAAUCUUUAACAUCAUAUUUGUUAUAGCCUGUGUGUUGACCUACUUUUGCUUCAACCACUUGUCCCCUCCCCCUUUUUUUUGUUUUUGUUUGUUUAAACACUGGCGCCAUCGAUUAAAGAUGUAACGCUGGAAUAGCCCCACCUAUCCUUUGAUUGGGAAAAGUUUGUUUACGUUCUAUUUUUUUCUAAAGAAUAUUAUCGGGAGAAGCAAUUUCUGCAACUCCUUUCCUGGAGGGUUCCAACUACCUCCCUAUAAAUAAGCAGGCAGCUUUCUCAACCGGAAGAGAGAUUGUCUAGGUUUCUUCGACCAUUAUACUUUUUCAAUUGUGCUGAAGUUUAUAUAGUUUUUAUUACUGCACUUGUGAUUGUGUAUUUGUAUAUAAAU